AUGGGCGGCAUUGUACUACUAUUAUCAAUGAUAUCAGUUUGUAAAGGAGAACCAAAUGAACUGCUGCUGAAAGGAUGCAGUUUACAUUGCUCCAGUAAAUUCGAUAAGGAUCUGUCAUGUUGGAAUAAAACUGCACAAUUUUUUAGUAAAGCACUUUUGGGUGUAUUUUUACAAUAUGUUACUACACAGAAAACGAUUAAGACAACAAAACAACCGGCUUUGUUGCCAUGUCCACAAGGUUGCGAAAGUUCAUCAGAAUUUUGGUCAUUACGUAGCCUCAUAUCGCUAUUGCUUUCUGCUAUCCUGGCAGCUAUUAUAAUAAUCAAAACAUUUGGAAAGGAUCGUAUGGAUCAAAAUUAUGCCUUAGCUAAAGAAACGAAAGAAACUGAUCAGCAUAAUGCAAACUGA